AACAUUUAGGAUACCCGCACUUAUUCGGCCGCCAACGAUACUGGACAGUCUUCUUCACCGUUUCCUCGUGUCCUAUUAACGCAGCAAAUCCACGUACUAAGAUAUAUGAAGUACUAGUGCUCACGAAGAUAAAUCUGAAGGAUCCGUACGAAUAAUAAAAAAAGUAAAGACACAAAAAGAUUGUGUGCACUCUGAAUUGACGCUAACGAUAGACUUAACUUAAAGUCCGAACAAGCUGUUGAUCUUCCUGAAUAACAGUUAAAAUCACGUGGUAACUGAUCAAUCAUAAUUUGAACAAAAAGCGAUUUAACAAUGGUAUACAGCAUAGUCACAAUUAUUGCUGCGAUGCUAUGUGUUCACGUACGGGGCUAUCCAACAAUGAUGGAACGACUUUCCAGUGAUAAUAGUUUUUCACCUCUGCGAAGUACGUCUACAAGAGAUUUGGAACGAUUUAUCGAGGGAGAAAAUCUAUUGAGAGAUUUGGAAAUUCUAAGGGAUCGCGCAGAGUAUUUUGCAAGGCAAAGUCGUCAGAUAAACUCAUUGAAUGGAGUGGGUUUUGGCCAAAGCAAGCGGUUUGAUACGCUCAGCGGAGUGUCUUUUGGCGGUCAAAAGAGGAACAUGGACGAAAUCGACCGAACUGCAUUCAACGCUUUCAUAAAGAAGAAAAAUUUCGACGAAAUCGACCGCAGUGGAGGCAUCGAUCGAUUUGUCAAGAAAAAUUUCGACGAAAUCGAUAGAAGCGCGUUCAGUAGUUUCGUGAAACGUCCAAACGAAGUGCCGGCCGCUAAUUUGGAGUAGUUACCACACGCACAGCCAUUCAUAAACGUCACCCCUGGACCUCCAAAAUAAAUCAUAUUUUCAUUUUAUAUGUAAUCUGUAAAGAACAAAUUAUUCUAUUGAAUGAACAGCAUAAAUCAAUUUUUCACCGUUACAUGUACCCAUAUGUCGAACGCCUGUUUAGCACUACAGUUUUUGUUGUCCUUUACAAAUUCUUAUUUCGUUUUUGGCAAAACUCAAAAAAAUAUUAUUAGUUCGAAAAUUAUAAAAUAGAAAUCGAUAGUGUAUUUAUUAGACAUAUUACAUUAUUAUCGCUCAUUAAUGACAUAAAUUUAUAUAUUGUUUAUUGUAAUAAUAACUAUGUUUAUUUUUAUUAUUUACCACAUGAUCUGUUUGUGAAUCUCUCUGUUGUGUCUUAAAUUUAUUUUACGUGAAAAUUUACAUAUUUUCAAAUUUUAAAUAGUGCGUUACAUAAUAAAUUAUAAAGAAUAUUGUACUAUUUGAAUCUCAAGAAAUUUAUUAAAUAUUAUUAGUUUGUAAUCAGUAUAAAUGUGUUUUUUAUUCUUUACUCUGAAAUUAUUACUUUUACUUACUUGACAUUUAGUUGUAUCAUAAUAAAACGUGUACAAUCAAUUUCUAUGCAAUAUUAAAAAUGGUAACAGUCGUGUCGCACAUUGAACAUAAAUUCCACUUACUUCUUUGUUUUUGUUAUAUUUAAAUAUAAAAACAAUACCACUUAAUUUACUAUUAUUAUUAAAAUAUAUAUUUAAUGAAUAUACUUCUAAGUUUAAUAUAAUUAUUAAAAAUAUUAAGUUGAUUAUUUAAUAAUAUUUUAUGGGAUUAAUGAGAUAUUUGAUUUAAUUAUUAUAUUGUGAAAAAAAUUGCAUAGAAAAUUCUUCAUUAUGUUGAUAUUUGUUUGUCAUUAUAUUACUGAGUGAAUUAAAAUUUCAUUAAAAGUAUUGUCAAGUAUAGCAAAACGUAUAAGAAAGUUGAACUAUUCAAACGUUCUGACAAACCGCUAGGAAUUCUUAAUAAUAGUAAAUCGAUUGUAUAGUAAUUGCUCGCUAUUACCAAACCGUAUAUUCUUAUAUAAAUCAUUAUUAUAUUGA